CUGUGGUGGCCUCAGCCUCCAAAGCUGCGGCGGUCGUCCGGGCACCGGGCUGCGGCGCGGGUGGUUCCUUGGCGGCCUGAGCAGGAGGACCAGCAUCGCCUGGAGCCUGGCGGGAGUCCGCGACUUGACGACUCAGCGGCAGCGCUGCAGCUACCGGGCUUGGGCGCACGAUCCGGCGGACGGGAGACGGCGGGGCAGCAGGGCGCGGGCGCCGCGGACCGGAGCGCGCCAGUUGAUGGAUUUGGACGUGCUUCUAUGAAGAAAUGCCACGUGUCUUUACUGAUCCAAGAACAAACAUGCCCGGACUGCUGCCACCUUAGGGGACUAGGGCUGGGUGACAGCUCUUCCCAGAGAGUCAGGCAUCAUCUGAACCCAGGAGCAAGAAGCAUAUUAUCACCAAUGACAGCAUGACAGCAAGAGAGCACAGCCCUCGCCAUGGCGCCAGGGCCCGUGUGAUGCAGCGAGCAUCCACCAUUGAUGUGGCAGGUGACAUGCUUGGCCUCUCUCUGGCAGGAAAUCUACAAGAUCCAGAUGAACCCAUUUUAGAAUUCAGCUUAGCCUGCAGUGAGCUGCAUACGCCAUCGCUAGAUCGGAAACCAAACAGUUUUGUAGCAGUGAGUGUGACCACCCCUCCUCAGGCGUUCUGGACGAAGCAUGCUCAGACGGAAAUCAUUGAGGGAACCAACAAUCCUAUAUUUUUAAGCAGUAUUGCCUUCUUCCAAGACUCCCUUAUCAAUCAGAUGACACAAAUCAAACUAUCCGUGUAUGACGUCAAAGACAGAUCUCAGGGAACAAUGUACUUACUGGGCUCUGGGACAUUCAUUGUCAAGGACCUGCUCCAAGACAGGCAUCAUCGGUUGCAUUUAACACUAAGGUCUGCAGAGAGUGACCGUGUUGGUAACAUCACGGUCAUUGGCUGGCAGAUGGAGGAGAAGUCAGACCAGCGGCCUCCAGUGACCCGGUCUCUGGACACCGUCAAUGGGAGGAUGGUCUUGCCUGUUGACGAGAGCCUGACUGAAGCAUUGGGAAUACGAUCCAAAUAUGCUUCAUUGCGAAAAGAUACUUUACUGAAAUCGGUGUUCGGUGGUGCCAUCUGCCGCAUGUACCGCUUCCCCACCACGGAUGGCAACCACCUGCGGAUCCUGGAGCAGAUGGCAGAGAGCGUGCUCUCCCUACACGUGCCCCGGCAGUUCGUGAAGCUGUUGCUGGAAGAAGAUGCGGCCAGAGUGUGUGAACUGGAGGAGCUGGGGGAGCUAUCUCCUUGCUGGGAGAGCCUCCGACGCCAGAUCGUCACUCAGUACCAGACCAUCAUCCUCACGUACCAAGAGAAUCUGACUGACCUUCAUCAGUACAAAGGUCCCUCAUUUAAAGCAAGCAGUUUGAAAGCAGAUAAAAAGUUGGAAUUUGUUCCCACAAACUUGCACAUACAAAGGAUGAGAGUUCAGGACGAUGGUGGAUCAGAUCAGAGCUACGACAUCGUCACCAUUGGGGCGCCAGCAGCACACUGCCAAGGUUUUAAGUCAGGAGGCCUCCGCAAAAAGCUGCACAAAUUUGAAGAGACCAAGAAACACAGUUUUGAGGAGUGUUGUACAUCAUCCAGCUGCCAGUCCAUUGUCUACAUACCACAGGACAUCAUCAGAGCCAAGGAAAUUAUCGCCCAGAUCAACACCCUGAAAACCCAAGUGAGUUACUACGCAGAGCGGCUCUCGAGGGCGGCCAAGGACAGGUCUGCCACUGGCCUCGAAAGGACACUCGCCAUCUUGGCAGACAAGACCCGGCAGCUGGUCACCGUCUGCGACUGCAAGUUGCUGGCCAACUCCAUCCAUGGGCUCAACGCAGCGCGGCCCGACUACAUUGCCUCCAAGGCCUCCCCUACUUCAACCGAGGAGGAGCAGGUGAUGCUCAGGAAUGACCAGGACACCCUCAUGGCCAGGUGGACAGGCAGGAACAGCCGGUCUUCUCUGCAGGUGGAUUGGCAUGAGGAGGAGUGGGAGAAAGUAUGGCUGAAUGUCGACAAGAGCCUGGAGUGCAUCAUUCAGCGGGUGGACAAGCUGCUGCAGAAGGAGCGCCUGCAUGGAGAGGGCUGCGAGGACGCCUUCCCCUGUGCGGUUGGCGGGGCCAGCAAGAAAGGUAACCACGGCAGCCACGCCUACUGGAUCAGACCAGAAGACCCCCUCUGUGACGCCCACUCCUCACCAUGCCCCUCCACCGUGUCUGCUGCAUGCCAUCCUCAGCUGACCACAUAUUGCAGCCCCCCUCCUGAAGAGUCCAGCCCAGGUGAAUGGAGUGAGGCCCUUUACCCACUGCUGACCACGCUCACCGACUGCGUGGCCAUGAUGAGCGACAAGGCCAAGAAGGCAAUGGUCUUCCUGCUCAUGCAGGACAGCGCACCCACCAUAGCCACCUACCUGAGCCUGCAGCACCGCCGCGACGUGGUCUUCUGCCAAACCCUGACCGCUCUCAUCUGUGGCUUCAUCAUCAAGCUGAGGAACUGCCUGCAUGACGACGGCUUCCUGCGGCAGCUCUACACCAUCGGGCUGCUCGCCCAAUUUGAGAGCCUGCUGAGCACCUAUGGUGAGGAGCUGGCCAUGCUGGAAGACAUGAGCCUUGGAAUUAUGGACUUGAGGAAUGUGACCUUCAAAGUCACUCAGGCCACUUCCAGUGCAUCAACUGACAUGCUGCCCGUCAUCACAGGAAAUCGGGACGGGUUUAAUGUGCGGAUCCCUCUGCCGGGCCCCCUGUUUGACGCCCUGCCUCGGGAGAUCCAGAGCGGCAUGCUGCUCCGGGUGCAGCCCGUCCUCUUCAACGUGGGCAUCAAUGAGCAACAGACACUGGCUGAGAGGUUUGGCGAUACAUCUUUACAAGAAGUUAUCAAUGUGGAGAGUUUGGUGCGAUUAAAUUCCUACUUCGAGCAGUUUAAGGAAGUUUUGCCUGAGGACUGCUUACCGAGGUCUCGGAGCCAGACAUGCCUGCCAGAGCUGCUGCGGUUCCUGGGCCAGAACGUCCAUGCCAGGAAGAACAAGAAUGUGGACAUCCUCUGGCAAGCUGCUGAGAUCUGCCGCCGCCUUAAUGGGGUCCGGUUCACCAGCUGCAAGAGUGCCAAGGACCGCACAGCCAUGUCGGUGACGCUGGAACAGUGCCUGAUCCUGCAGCACGAGCAUGGCAUGGCCCCGCAGGUCUUCACCCAGGCCCUGGAGUGCAUGCGCAGCAUUGGAACACGGGAGGUAGUCACCCAGAAGAACUUGAGCGGCCUGGUGCCCAUCCGAGACUUAAGACUAGAUCCCAGCCUCCUCUGUUCCAUCCCUUUAUUAGCUCUGAGCCCCAAUUUACUGAUUGUGUGGCUCUUUCUGAGCAUAGCAUACCUGGUGACCAAAUUGCGUUGCAAAUGAGUAUCAUUAUGAAAAAUUAAUAAGUCACAAGAAAACGAAAGUGCCAGGAUAUACCUAAAUGGACAGAAGGAAUGUGUCAAAGCGUGUUUGCCAAGAAAUAUUUCAUGCCUUACAGUUUGGCGUUUUGUUGUUCUGAACUAUAAAUACUUGCCAAAUUAUUUCACCAAGAGGACUUGCUCAUUUAAACUCUGUAGUUUUCAGUGCUUGUAACACGUUCUUACAGUGCCCUGUGACUGCACUGUUAGCUGGUCUGGAAUUACUUGUACCAAAUCUCUUAUUUUCUGAUGUAAAGCUAUUUAUUACCUGUAUAUCACAUGUGCCCUGUUUCCAAGAGAAAGGAAUUCUGUCUGAAAGAAUUUGUAUAUUUGAUACUAUUCUUUAAAUGUACUGCUAACCUUUCCUUUCCUUUUGAAGAGAAAUGAUAAGAAAAUGAUAGAUGCUUUAUAACUGGCUCAUCUGUAUAAGCCUAUUUAUUAGGACACUGACUUUCUGCUUUCAUUUCAAAGCGCAGUCCCUUAAAUUACAGUAGCAAACAGUUUGCAGAAUCAUAACGUUUCCUUGCUCAUAUUUAUUAUUUCCAGUUCGAGAUGACACGAAGCUGUGACUACAACAGCACGUUGUACCAAGUCAGGCACAUAAGAGAACAUACUGCAUGUGAUUUCAGAUUUACUCUCUUAAAUCUUUAAGGAUCAUUAAACUGAUUACAGGAAUUAAUACAUAUAUUAACAGAAGGCUGUUAAAGUUAUAUACAUUUAUUUUUCUUGAAAUAGCAUUUUUCAUUUUAAAGACUGCAUCUUUAAAUUUGGAUUAAAGUCCACACAUCUUUUAUCUCUACAAGUCAAAUGUAGUUAAUAAUGAAAGAAAAGGUCAAAGAAAAGUGACCAAGAAAUGAGGCUUCCCUUUUGGGCAGUUGUGCUAGAUGGAGCUGUGAAAGGCACAGAGUCACUCUGGUUUCUGCUCUUACCACUCUUGAUUUUAACAAGACACUGUCCAUAAAGUGGGAUGAUUUAUAACCUUAACAUUCACAUUUGGCAGAAGUGUAGUUGUACACCUGUAAAGGUAACAAUGAAUUAGGGGGGGAAAUUCCAGAGGCCCUGUGUAAGAAAUACUCGGUGGCUUCUCUGUCUUUCAGUUCAAAUUGUGUUAUGAACUCUUUUGGACCUCCAGCUGGUUCCUCAUACACUGUAUUUCAUGAAAUAUUUUUUACCAGUCAAGAAAAGUUGGGUGAAUUUAGAAAAGCUAGUGUUUUCAAAACCUUUCAAAACCUUUGUGUGCAUCCAUGCACGCACACAAACUCAGUCCACCACAGAAUCUUGCCUCUAUAUUCCCUCUCCAAGACUUCUAGAACUUUCUCUGAGAUUUCUUUGGCAUGGCGUCAUAUCUGAGUCAGGGUUUUAGUAAUCGCAGAAGCAGUUGGCAGUGAGUGAUGAGUGCUAGACUCGGGCUUCAAAUGCUAAAAUGGAAGCUAGUCCUCCUCACGCACCUGGGUACCCUUCUUUCCUGGACCCAGCAGAGCACUGCAGGAGCCCUGGGGCAGGCGCCACACCUGGGGAGACUCCAGUCUUCUCUCAGGUGCAGUGUUGGUUGCACUGUCUUUUCUAGAAUACAUGAGGUGGCUGUUCUGUGGCACAGCUCCUAAGAUCCUUCAGUAGGGAGCCUCUCUGCGAAUGCCAGGGACUGGUGGUGGUAGAUUGUAGAAUGUGACGCUGGUUACUAGGAGGGGUCCUGUCAGUUGUGAUUCUAGGAGAAGUGUGUUGACCACUUGCUCUCCUCUAGAUCGUGGUGCACACAUUAACUAAGACUCUUGUUUACUUUAUUUGAAGGAGGGAAAGUAGAGUCCACAGACAUGCUCAGUUUCCACUCACAGCUCCCGGGUGCCCUCCAGGAGUGACCCGUGCUGGUGCUCACCUCCAGGCCAGGCAGAAGCCAUGCACAGGUGACUACAGACAGCCUGCCUGCCUCUUCCCUGGGCCCAUGUGUAUACCUGUGACUCAUCAGAGGUUCGCACAGCAAAGGAAGGCGAGGCCAGAUGGGGAAGCCCCUGCUUGGGGUCACAGGCAUGGACACCACAGCUGCUCCUUGGCUGUCGUGGAGCAGCCAGGCCUUCCUGCUGCAUGUGGGAUUGGCGCUAGGUUGAGAGGAUAUGAGAUGGAUAAGAGAGAAGGUAUGGUUCUUUGUUUUUCUCUUCAGGGACCGGGUCAAAAACCAGCACAUUCUAACUCUGCAAUCAUAAGGCCAGCACAAUGGAGGACACCAUCAACCUAGUGCUGGGCCUGUUGGUUUUUGUUUUGUUUUGUUUUUUGGUAGAAUAUCUGAGAAAAGAGACUCAGUAUGCCCACCCAUUGUGCUGAAUUUUAAUCUCAUAAGGCCUUUUACUCUAAAUCAAACUACAUGUGUAUCUGGAAUCUUUUUUGCUUUAGUGAGAAAUAGGCAAGAUGAAACAAAGAAGGGAAGAUGGCUCAAGAAAGGGGAGUCCCUGAGAUCUGAUGAUUUUCAGGUGGCCUCUAAGCUGAUGCUGGUGCUGAGAACUGGUCACUGUAGACAUUCAGGGUCACUAAGACACCUGUGCAUCCAGAUGGGUCCUAAAGUGGAGGAACCCAGCAGAAUGGGAAAGCCAGAAGUAUCCCUAAAAUGAGUUGUCAUUUGGGUUUCCAUUCUAAUUUUUCAUUAAAAAAUGGAUGUUCCGAAAAAGAAAUCAUAUAAAUAAUUACCUUCUUUAACAUGUAGAUAAAAGAUAAUGUCAAAGUUCCAAAAUCAUUCUUUGCUCCUCAAAGGAGUUAGGCAUUUAUUCAUGAUAGGUGGUUUCUGAGAAUGGACAUUUCUAUAUAAAUGGAGAAGCCGUAUCAGAAAUAGUCCAAUAAUGUGAGUUUCCCAAGAUUAAAUGAGACUGUGCAUAGAACCUAGAGCUUCUGCUUUAAUUAGAAUUAUAUUUUUAUCGGAUUAUUGGAUGUUAGACAGACAUGAUCAUUGUUUACUCUGGGGGCCCCCUCUUGAAUGGCCGAGGUGUUCAGCUCUGAUGACACAUCUCACUGAGGGUUUGAGGCUCUGAUGACAAGGAAGCAUAUUUGAGUUACUAAGUUACUUAAUAACAAGCAGGUGAAUACUUUUCUGAAAUACCCAUGCUUAUCUUUUGAAUAAAAUUACUGUUUCCCCAAAAUAUUUUACAUGUUCUUGAACAUGAGAAUGUCAUUUUCAAUUUAAAAGGGUCAUUGAGCACUUGCCACUGAUAUUUU